AUGGGAGCGAUGGAGGGAGGAGCCGAUCCCAGCAAUCUGGCCAAUGAUUGGAUCGGGGCGCUCGACGCUGGCGAUGUCAUGGCAACCGACCACGAGCUCACCGAAGACGACCACGAAAUCAACGUUCUGGACACUGAUUCGCGGUUGUCGCAUAGUGAUAGUGAAGCCCGGAGUCAUUGCAGUAGUCCCGAAAACGUCACUACGCCCCACGGCUCGUCCAGCACUCUCCCCUUCAGUAUAUCCAAUCUAUUAGGUAAAAACUUUGAACACAAACAAGACAAUGAAUCAGAGACUUUGUACCAGAAUCCCGCGGGAAUCUUUCAACACAGAAGUGCUUUGGGGUUGGUUCCGACGGGGUUUUACGGACAGGGUGUUUUGAGAGUGCCGGCACACAGGCCUCUAGGAGGCCCCUCCAGUCCUCCGGGGCCCAUGUUCAGCCCUUGGUCGCUGGGGCUGGAUCCCGUUCUGCAGAGGUCUGCUGCUGCAGCAGCUUUCGCCACGCAAGUUGUUAAAGAUAGAUUAGCUGGAUUUUUAGGUUCGACAGAGUUUUCGUCAUCAUUGGGAGUAAUUUUAUGA